AUACAAUGUGAGCAAAUGAGGUGAGAUAAGGGAGGUAAAGGCAAAAAAAAGGCCAUGGUGGCAAAGUAAAUACAAUAUAGCAAGUAAAACACUGGAAUGGUAGAUUUGCAGUGGAAGAAUGUGCAAAGUAUAAAUAAUGGGGUGCAAAGGAGCAAAAUAAAUAAAUACAGUAGGGGAAGAGGUAGUUGUUUGGGCUAAAUUAUAGAUGGGCUAUGUACAGGUGCAGUAAUCUGUGAGCUGCUCUGACAGCUGGUGCUUAAAGCUAGUGAGGGGGAUAAGUGUUUCCAGUUUCAGAGAUGUUUUUGUAGUUUGUUCCAGUCAUUGGCAGCAGAGAACUGGAAGGAGAGGCGGCCAUAGGAGGAAUUGGUUUUGGGGCUGACUAGAGAGAUAUACCUGCUGGAGCGCGUGCUACAGGUGGGUGCUGCUAUGGUGACCAGCGAGCUGAGAUAAGGGGGGACUUUACCUAGCAGGGUCUUGUAGAUGACAUGGAGCCAGUGGGUUGUUUGGCGACGAGUAUGAAGCGAGGGCCAGCCAACGAGAGCGUACAGGUCGCAGUGGUGGGUAGUAUAUGGGGCUUUGGUGACAAAACGGCUGGCACUGUGAUAGACUGCAUCCAAUUUAUUGAGUAGGGUAUUGGAGGCUAUUUUGUAGAUGACAUCGCCAAAGUUGAGGAUUGGUAGGAUGGUCAGUUUUACGAGGGUAUGUUUGGCAGCAUGAGUGAAGGAUGCUUUGUUGUGAAAUAGGAAGCCAAUUCUAGAUUUAACUUUGGAUUGGAGAUGUUUGAUGUGAGUCUGGAAGGAGAGUUUACAGUCUUACCAGACACCUAGGUAUUUGUAGUUGUCCACAUAUUCUAAGUCAGAACCGUCCAGAGUAGUGAUGCUGGACGGGCGGGCAGGUGCAGGCAGUGAUCGGUUGACUGUUACAUGCAUUUAGUUUUACUUGUAUUUAAGAGCAGUUGGAGGCCACAGAAGGAGAGUUGUAUGGCAUUGAAGCUUGCCUGGAGGGUUGUUAACAACGUGUCCAAAGAAGGGCCAGAAGUAUACAGAAUGGUGUCGUCUGCGUAGAGGUGGAUCAGAGACUCACCAGCAGCAAGAGCGACAUCAUUGAUGUAUACAGAGAAGAGAGUCGGUGAAGGGGAGGAGACCGGUUAAGAAAUCUUUUUUACACCUUGAGACAUGGAUUGUGUAUGUGUUCCCAUUUUAGAGGGUGAAUGUGCAAGAUAAAAUACGUAACUGCCUUUGAACGGUGUAUGGUAGUAGGAGCAAGGCUCACCGCUUUGUGUCAAGAACUGCAAUGCUGCUGGGUGAAGCAUUGGGAGUCAACAUGGACUAGCAUGUGGAACGCUUUCGACACCUUGUUGAGUCCAUGCCCCGACGAAUUGAGGCUUUUCUGAGGGCAAAAGGGGGUGGACUCCAUAUGAUUAGGAAGGUGUUCUUAAUGUUUUUUCCACUCAGUGAAUAUACCGUAUGUAUGCUGUUUACAGUAUGUACAUGUGCUAUAUUCAAGUAUGACUUUCAUAAUUUUGUAUGACCAGGUAUAUCUCAGAGUGCGAUGCUGUAUUUCGGUAGGACAUUUUGUAAAUUUGUCCUGAAUGGUCACCUAUUGGGGUGUUUCCACCUUUUUGAUCUGUAUGACAAGAUGAAAGCUUCUGAGGAUGAUGAAGUGAUCACCUGGUUGUUUUCUAACUGUAUGGAGGGAACAGAACACCAGCUCUAAUCAAAACAGGACAUUUCACUUCAGGAAGCAUAUAAGUAUUAAUAGAACUGUUUUGCAAACUGACAGAGGAAAUGAGGGAAAUCUGUUUCAUAACAUUUUCAGGUUUGGAAAUUAGUAACAUCUGUAUUAGAAAUGGGUAAGCCUUUUUACUUACUCAGUAAUUACUUUGGCAGCCACAAUAGCAGUAAUCUAUGUUGACUGUUACAUUUAAUUUAACUCAGGGAAUUAGGUCAUUGUUAAAGGGAUAGAUUUACCCAAAGUACAAAAUAGUGUAAUGAAACAGCAGGGAGCAGAUCCCGAACCCUCGCCCGAACUCCAGCGCGCUAUCAACUGUGCAGCAGAGUCGAUAUCCUCGUUUAUAAAGCCAGGGUCGUUACACUACUCCCUCCUUUCAAAGAGCGCAUCCUCGCGCUAGCUAGCGACUCCACGUCUUAUAGGAAUGCGCUACCGGCCAAGCACCUACAAUGUCGUGGUUGCAAGGUCCGAUCACUUCUGACACCAAUGGAAUGAAACAGGCAGGGAGCAGGUCUCAAACCCUCGACCUUCUAGCCCGAAGUCGAGCGCGCUAUCGACUGUGAUAUCCGCGCGUAUAAACCCAGGGUCGUUACAAUACAUAUUGAUUUCCUUACCCGACAGGAAUUUUAUGGACAAGGUAUGACAGCAAACCAUGGUUUCACAAAUGCUAACGUUUUUGCAGGGAAUGGCCAGGGAAACUGAACCAAGUAUUAGUAUCUUACAAGGAAACGUUUCCAAAACAUUUGAACAAGUAAUGAAGACAUAUCAAACAUCAGCAGCCAAUAACAAAUUGGAUUGGCCAUCAACAGGCCAUUCCAUUCGUCUUUGGUCCUUGACUCGCUCCCCAUACCAAACGACAGAGGGCAUCGUCGUUCGUAAAAGUUGGAAGCGCGAGGCGGUUUAUUUGGUGAAAUGUGACGCUUGAGCCGGGAACCCAUUGAGAAAUUCGCCUUCUGCCAUGACCGCACUUAUCAACACCGCAAGCAACUCCGUGCUGGAGACAGACACCAGUUCUUCAGAUUCACAGUCUGCAGAGCUGCUGACGAGAUCGUCACUUUUCAACGGACCGUUAUUUUUUAUUCUCGAUCCACUACCCCUGUCGUUUUUCCGUCUUUAUAGUGCUAGACUUCAGAAAGUAGUCAGAACUGUUCGUUUUUGUAACUUUUUCUUUAGCACUGAAACCUUGAAGGGCUUUGUUUUAUAUACUUCUUCCAUAGUGUUGUUCCUCUCAAGGAUGCGCCAAAGGAUGGGUCAUGUUCUUAAUCAGAAGAGGAGCCUUUUGGAUGUUCUCUGCGUGUAUUUGUCUGUUUCUGUAGUUCACUCCUACAACAUUGACUUAGAACAUGCUGUUGUGUUCCGUGGACCUGACUCGAGUUUCUUUGGAUACUCUGUUCUGGAGCACUAUCAUGACAAUACGCGUUGGGUUCUGGUAGGGGCCCCCAAGGCCAACUCUUCCUACAGCAGCUCACUUCACACCCCGGGAGCCGUGUUCAAGUGCCGUGUCCACAGCAACCCAGAGAGACGCUGCACGGAGAUGAACCUGGGCCGAGGGAAUAAGCCCCGGGAGUCUUGUGGGAAGACAUGCCAGGGAGACAGGGAUGAUGAGUGGAUGGGGGUCAGCCUCGCCCGGCAGGACAAACCCAAUGGCAAAAUACUGGCCUGUGCCCACCGUUGGAAGAAUGUCUUCUAUGACUCUGAGCUCAUCCUUCCCCAUGGUUACUGUUCCAUCAUCCCUCCUACGCUACAGGGCCGAACCCAGGCCCUCAUCCCCUGCUACGAAGACUAUAAGCAGAAGUAUGGGGAAGAGCACGGCUCGUGCCAAGCGGGGAUAGCAGGCGUUUUUACUGAGGAGCUGGUGGUGAUGGGAGCUCCAGGAUCAUACUACUGGACAGGAACAGUUAAGGUCUACAACCUGACCUCCAACACCUUCUACAACCCCAACAAAGAAGACAUUGACUCACACAGAUACAGUUAUCUAGGUUAUGCCGUGACUACUGGACACUUCUCCUCUCCUAACAUCGUAGAUGUGGCUGCAGGAGCUCCACAACACAGUGGAGAGGGGAAAGUUUACAUUUUCAGAAUCAAUGGUGUGUCUUUGGUGAAGAUCUUUCAAGCCUCAGGGACAAUGAUGGGCUCUUACUUUGGCUCCUCAUUAUGUGGAGUUGACCUGAACAGGGACGGCCUGUCAGACCUGCUGGUUGGAGCGCCCAUGCACAGCACGCUACGGGACGAGGGACAGGUCUCUGUCUACCUCAGCAAAGGCAACGGUGUGAUGGAGGAAGCAGGACUCUUAAAUGGUGAUAAUGCCUACAGUGCACACUUUGGAGAGUGCAUCACUGCAAUCGGAGACAUUGAUGACGAUGGGUACCAAGAUGUGGCCAUAGGAGCACCCAAAGAAGAUGACUACGGUGGAGCGGUUUACAUUUACCAUGGUGAUGCCACAGGAAUCGUCACCAAAUAUUCUAUGAGAGUGUCUGGACAGAGCAUUAACCCCACCCUCCAGAUGUUCGGCCAAUCAAUCUCUGGCAAUGUGGACAUGGACAGCAAUGGAUAUCCAGAUAUUACCAUUGGUGCAUUUAUGGCUGAUAGCGUGGUGUUAUUGAGGUCCCGGCCAGUGAUCACUGUGGAGGUGUCUAUCUACCUGCCUGUCUCCAUCAACAUCUCUGUGCCUCAGUGUCACGAGGGACCACAACACCUCAACUGUUUCAACGCAAGAGUCUGCCUGCUCUUCAGAGGAAAACACCUGCCAGGACAGAUAGAGUUGUUGUAUAAUCUGACAGCUGAUGUGGAUAAGAGGCAGAGGAGCCAGUCUUCCAGAGUGUACUUCAUUCAGAACGGAGCCCAGAUCAGCUCAAUGAGCAACGAGCUCAGUCUGGACAUCAACAGAGAGGAUUGCCAACAGUACACUGCAUAUGUUAAGAAGGACGUGAAAGACGUAUUCACAGCCAUCACCUUUGAGGUGGCUUACACCCUGGGGAAGCAUGUGGUGAACGGUCACCUGGACAAAGACCUGCCUGCUCUUACACCUGUACUGCGCUGGAGGAAAGGAGACAAGAUGGCAGCAAAGAAUGAGACAUGGUUCGAGAGGAACUGCCUGUCUGAUGACUGUGCUGCUGACCUGAGACUCCAUGGGAAACUACUGAUUUCUGGGCUCCACGUGCGGUCCCAUCUGGCCCUAGGAGGAGUGAGGAAUGUCUCUCUGAACGUGACCAUCUCCAACGCAGGGGACGAUGCCUACGACACCAACAUCUACUUCAACUUCUCCAGAGAUGUCUUCUAUAUCAACUACUGGCAGAAGGAAGAGAAGGGCAUUUCCUGUGGUCUUGUUGCUUUAGACUUCCUCCAAUGCAGCGUGGGAUUUCCCUUCAUGAGAGCAAAGACUAAGUAUCAUCUUGCAGUGAUCUUCGACACAAGUCGGCUUUCAGGGGAAAAUGAGACAUUGCAGUUUUUAGUUCAUGCAAAAAGUGCCAACCCUGAGCAUAGGCUGUUGGACAACAAGUUGGAUCUGUCUAUCCCACUGGUCCAUGAGGUGGACACAGCUAUCACUGGUUUAGUGACUCCAACAUCCUUCCUGUAUGGGAACUCCAUCGAUGCUUCUCGCUUCAUCCAGCUGGAGGACAUGGAGUGUAACUUCCAGCCUCUAAACUUCACCUUUCAGGUGAUCAACAACGGCCCCAGCAGGUUACCUGGCUCCAUAGUGGACAUCAGGAUCCCAAACCGACUGGCUGGCAAUGGCGCCGACAUGUUCCACAUCAUGGACACACAGGUGGCGGAGGGGCAAGGGAACUGCAUCCUCCCUCAUAGGAACCCCCAGCCCUGUUCCAUCUCCCAGGACAGAGAGAGUAUCUUCCACACCAUCUUUGCCUUCUUCACCAAGUCUGGACGCAGGGUCCUGGACUGUGACCGGCCAGGGAGAGCAUGUUUAACCAUCUCAUGUACUCUGGGCUCCCAGUCCAAAGAGGAAGUUGUCAGUAUACAUGUGAAACUUCUAGUAAACACAGAGAUACUGAAGAGGGACAGCUCAUCGCUGAUCCAGUUCGUGACUAGGGGUAAUGUGAGAGUGGACGGGAGGGCCAUAGAGGUACCGCAGGGGCUAUCAGAAGACACUUCACUGGUGUUCGAGGCACUCCACAGCCAGGAGCCAAGAGGAUAUGUUGUUGGUUGGAUCAUUGCCAUCAGCCUGCUGGUGGGAAUACUCAUCUUCCUACUGCUGGCUGUGCUGCUCUGGAAGAUGGGUUUCUUCCGCCGGCGCUACCGGGAGAUCAUCGAGGCUGAGAAAAACAGGAAGGACAGAGCUGACGAGAGCUGGGAUUGGGUGGAAAAGAACCACUGAGGGAAAGAGAAGACAAUGAGAGCACAGGGUGUGGGGAUUUGGUCAAUGGAGGAUCCAAUGAGCUGAGGGCUUUCACCACAGCCAGCCAAUCAGGAAUAAGGGCCCUUCAAUCUUCCAUAUCUGGAAGUCUCUGGAUUUUUUGGAGGGAGACUUUUUUUUUGUGCGUGGGAGACUGGGGAUCGAGGGAACUAACAGGCAGAAAUCUGAGGUGGAGGUUGGUGUUGCUCGCUAGGGUCAGAUUCAUUAAGACCCUAAUUCAGUGCAACGGAAAUUGGAAAUGAGUGUUUCUUAUUGAACAAACCCAAGGAUUACAUUCCUGUUUGUCUGUUUUCUUUCGUUUGGUGUCAAAUUAAUACAACACUCGCAAUAGAAUUCAAUUAGUCCCUAUGGAGGAAACUUCCUACCAACGGAAAUAAACAAAAUUGAACUGUUAAAGAAACAACUGGCCUGUUCAGGAUGCUGUAAUGUUCCAGAACAUUCAGAUAUAAAUAUAUUGUGCAGAACAGACAUGAUGCGUUAGCUCUAAACAUUCUAUUUCUAUCUGCGAUGUUCUGAGUGUUUCACGUCACUGAAUACACCCAAGGAGAUAGACGUCCUUGGACAGGAUGUGGCAAUGACGCAGAUAUUAUCGGACGGGACAACAAAACCCCUCAGGGCUCUGUUUUAAUAGUAGUGAACAUUUAUUUUUAUAUAUAUUAUAGCCAUAUUGUAUUAAAUUGGGGCUUUGUGAAAUGGUUGGUUUGAGUUUUUGAAGUCGAAUGUAAGAAUAUCUAUAUGUUUUUUUUAAAGCACUGAUGUCCGAGUUGAUGCUAUAUUUCAGCGUCUUUCCUUUAGUUUCCAGGGCAAAGAUACAGCAUGUUCUGUUUAGUAAAUUAGUCCAUUUCUGUAUGAUCCAGUAUCGUGAGACGUGGAUUUUCUGGAGUGUGAAAGAUUGUGUCUUUUUAAUUCUGUACUGUUUCCUGCUCACAAAUAUCUCUUUAUCUCACACAUCUCCCUCUCCUUUCGAUAGAUAGCUAUAUGGGCAACCAGCCAAGCAAGUCCUAUGAAGCCCCACAGAAAUACAAUUACAGGAGCAGACAUUCCCAUUCAAGUCAAAAUUAUAUUUAUGUGUGUAGACCUUCCAUUCACCAUAAACAGAGAUAUAUUUUUUGUCACACAUCAAAGUUGUCACUGUCUUGAAGAAAUGCUGAUAACCAAGCAAAAGAGCUCUAUGAAAUGUUUAAUUGAUUAUACAGUGCAUUCGGAAAGUAGACCUCUUGACUUUUUCCACAUUUUGUUGCAUUACAGCCUUAUUCCAAAAUGGAUUAAAUAAAGGCUUCAGCAAUCUACACACAAUACCCCAUAAUGACAAAGCAAAAAUAAGUUUUUAGAAAUGUUUUCAAAUUUAUUAAAAACAAAAAACACCUUAUUUACAUAUUUAUUCAGACCCUUUGCUAUGAGACUCAAAAUUGAGCUCAGGUGCAUCCUGUUUCCAUUGAUCAUCCUUGAGAUGUUUCUACAACUUUAUUGCCGUCCAGCUGUGGUAAAUUACAUUUUUAAAUUUUUAAUUAAUUAAAAAUUAAAUUUGGGAAGGCCCACACCUGUCUAUAUAAGGUCCCAGAGUUGACGGAACAUAUCAGAGCAAAAACCAAGCCAUGAGGUCGAAGAAAUUGUCCGUAGAGCUCCAAGACAGGAUUGUGUCGAGGCACAGAUCUGGGGAAGUGUACCAAAACAUUUCUGCAGCAUUGAAGGUCCCCAGGAACACAGUGGCCUCCAUCAUUCUUAAAUGGAAGAAGUUUGGAACCACCAAGACCCUUCUGAGAGCCGGCCACCUGGCCAAACUGAGCAAUCGGGGGAGAAGGGACUUGGUCUGGGAGGUGACCAAGUACCCGAUAGUCACUCUGACAGAGCUCUAGAGUUCCUUUGUGGAGAUGGGACAACCUUCCAGAAGGACAAACAUCUCUGCAGCACUCCAAUCAGGCAUUUACGGUAGAGUGGCCAGACGGAAGCCACUCUUCAGUAAAAGGGGCAUGACAGUUUGCCAAAAGGCACCUAAAGACUCUGACCAUGAGAAACAAGAUUCUCUGAUCUGAUGAAAUCAAGAUUGAACACUCUGGCCUGAAUGCCAAGCGUCUGGACGAAACUUGGCACUAUCCCUACAGUGAAGCAUGGGGGUGGCAGAAUCAUGCUGUACAGAUGUUUUUCAGCGGCAGGGACUGGGAGAUUAGUUAGGAUCGAGGGGAAAGAUGAACAGAGUACAGAGAGUACACAGAGAGAUUCUUGAUGAAAACCUUCUCCAGACCGCUCAAGACCUCAGACUGGGGUGAAGGUUUUCCAUCCAACAGGACAAGGACCCUAAGCACACAGCCAAGACAAAGCAGGAGUGGCUUCGGGACAACUCUCUGAAUGUCCCUGAGUGGCCCAGCCAGAGCCCGAACUAAAAUCUCUGGAGAGAUCAGAAAAAGCUGUGCAGCGACACUUCCCAUUCAACAUAACAGAGAGGAUCUGCAGAGAAGAACGGGAGAAACUCUCCAAAUACAGGUGUGCCACGCUUGUAACAUCAUACCCAAGAAGACUUGAGACUGUAAUCACUGCCGAAGGUUCUUCAACAAAGUUCUGUGUAAAAGGUCUGAAUACUUAUGUAAAUGUGAUAUUUCAGUUUUAUUGUUAAUACAUUUGCAAAAAUGCUUUGUCAUUAUAGGGUAUUGUGUGUAGAUUGAUGAGGAACAAACAAAACUAGGCGUCUGAAUUGUUUCGGAAUGCACUGUAUAAGUUAACGCUUUUCCAGGCCCUCAAAGUGCUUUAUACAGUAAAGAGGAAACACACAUCAUCCACCACCCAGCAACCCAUUGACAUCAUCAACACCAUGACAUCAUCAACCCAUUGACAUCAUCAACACCAUGACAUCAUCAACCUGUUGACAUCAUCAACUGUAGCUAGAGAAUAUCAUUUACACUUCAUUUGCCACCUUUCACAAAGUGUGGUGUUUUCAGACUGACAGUGUUGAAUGUACUCUGAGUUAGGCCGUGGAGAUAGUGGAUAGAUAGCUUAAACAGAUAUACUAACAAUCAUGUUUAGCUCAAUAACGCAUUCUACUUGGCACAAUUAAGCUGAGAAGAACCAUGAAUACGAUGAUAGUCUGGAACAUUUCACAAAUCAUGGUCUUUUCCAACAAAAUGUUUUAAAUGUAUCCUAUCAUAUGAACUAGGGGUAGAGAUGAGUAGAAAAGCUAACAUUGUACCUUUAAAUUGCGGUUAUACCUAUAUAACUAAACAGCAAUAACUGUAGUAACAAAUUUGUAGUUACAUUGUAAUAUAAUGUAAUGGUAUAGGGCCAUGCAUUAGAUGCUAGUUAGAACAGUUUGGUUGACAUUUAAAAUGGUGGGGUGUGUGUAAAAAAACACAAUCUGUGGAAACUACUAGAAAUGUAUAAAGAAAAAGUGCAAUAUAGGCUAUAUUCUAUGAGAAUCAAGUGUCAAAAGCUGUUUUGGCAAGUAACUAUUGCUCAGGUAUGCAGAUGAUCAAUCACAAGCUUAGCCUCUUUCAAAAAGGUUUUCAAUUUCAGUAAACCUUUUUUUAUGAUUCUUAAUGUAGUGAUUAUAAAGCCAAACAUGACAGUGACCAAAUAGGAGUUGGCUAUACAGCACAAAUAGAUCUGGGACCAGGCUAGAGCAAUAUCAACAGAUCUGGGACCAGGCUAGAGCAAUAUAAACAGAUCUGGGACUAGUACCGAACCUUAUAAGAUGGUUUACUCUUUGUGGCCAGGUGAACAUAGCCUGGAUCUAAAUUGUUCCAUUUCACUAUUGUUUCUUUUCAAUUUUACAAUAGUGAAACUGGACAAUUCAGUUUGAAUCCAGGCUAGGAUGAAUUUCCUAAAGGCCCCUCCACAUGGCAGAGAAACAGUGUUGACUAGUACCCUAUAAAUAGCAAGGUAGGGAAUGUGCUUCACUCUACUCCAUCAUGCACAGACUACUAGCUCUAUAAGACUUAUGGGUACAACUUGUUUUGAAGUCAACAUGUUGGAAUGUACUGUAAGGAAUAAGAACCGAUCUGACUGAACAGUCUAGAAUACUACCAUUGUAGUAACCAAAGUUACAAUCUGGGAUUCAUUUGUCUGGGAUAUACAGCUGAGGGAUGAGUGGUACUGGUAUAUAACGAGAGCUACAAUCUGGGAUUGUAUCCUUGAGAAAUGGUCCAUUAAUUUUAUUUAUUUUUACCUUUAUUUUACUAGGCAAGUCAGUUAAGAACAAAUUCUUAUUUUCAAUGACGGCCUAGGAACAGUGGGUUAACUGCCUGUUCAGGGGCAGAACGACAGAUUUGUACCUUGUCAGCUCGGGGAUUCGAAUUUGCUACCUUUCGUUUACUAGUGCAACGCUCUAACCACUAGGCUACCCUGCCGCCCCUAAUCAGUUGUAAGAGACCCAUAGCCCUGUAAACCCCAGUGUCUCUUUCUCAGACAGUGAAUCUGUGUUAUCUGAUAAUAGGAGUAAACCCAAUUUAAUCCAGAAUGUUCCUUACAUGUAAUUAUGUAAUUGACGAACAAGUGAGAUGUGUUUGGCUGUGAGAUACAGUGCCUUCAGAAAGUAUUCAGACCCUUUGAUCUUUUCCCAAAUUUUGUUGCCUGAAUUUAAAAUAGAUCAAAUUUUAGAUUUUGUGUCACUUAUCGAUGCACAAUACCCCAUAAUGUCACAGUGGAAUUUAGUUUUAAUACAUUUUUACAAAUGAAUUCAAAUUACAAGCUGAAAUGUCUUGCAUCAAUAAGUAUUAUACCCCUUGUUAUGACAAGCCUAAAUAAGUUCAGUAGUACAAAUGUGCUUAACAAGUCACAUAAUAAGUUGCAUGGACUCUGUGUGUAAUAAGUGUUUAACAUGAUUUUUGAAUGACAACCUCAUCUCUGUAUCCCACACAUUUUUUUUUACCUGUAAGGUCCCUCAGUCGAGCAGUGGAUUUCAAACUCAGAUUCAACCACAAAGACCAGGGAGGUUUUCCAAUGCCUUGCAAAGAAGGGCACCAAUUGUUAGAUGGGUAAAAAAUAAAAGCAGACGUGUAAUAUCCCUUUGAGCAUGGUGAAGUUAUUAAUUACACUUUGGAUGGUGUAUCAAUACAACCAGUCACUACAAAGAUGCAGGUGUCCGUCCUAACUCAGUUGCAGGAGAGGAAGAAAACCACUUAAAGAUUUCACUAUGAGGACAAUGGUGACUUUAAAACAUUUACAGAGUUUAAUGGCUGUGAUGGGAGGAAACUGAGGAUGGAUUAACAACAUUGUAGUCACACCACAAUACUAACCUGCAUGAUAGAGAAAAGAAGGAAGCUCGUACAGAAGAAAAACAUCUAUCCUGUUUGCAAUAAUGCAUUCAAGUAAUACUGCAAAAAAUCCUGGAAAUACAUUUUUUUUUUCAAGCAUAGUGGUGGUUGCAUCAUGUUAUGGGUAUGCUUGUCAUCGACAAGGACCAGGGAGUUUUUUUUUUAGGAUAAAAAUAAACGUAAUAGAACUAAGCACAGUCAAAACACUAGAGGAAAACCUGGUUCAGUCUGCGUUCCAACAGACAGCAACACAAUAACCGAAAACACAAGGCCAAAUAUACACUGGAGUUGCUUACCAAGACAACAUUCAAUGUUCCCGAGUGGCCUAGUUAUGACUUAAAUCAACUUGAACAUCUUAGGAUGAAUUUCUUGGCUGUCUAGCAAUGAUCAACAACGAACUUGACUGAGCUUGAAGAAUUUUUUGAAGAAGAAUGGGAAAAUAUUGUACAAUCCAGGUGUGCAAAACUCUGAGAUUUACCCCAAAAGACUCACAGCUGUAAUCACGGCCAAAGGUUAUUCUAACAUUUGUUGACUCACGGUUGAAUACUUAUCUAAUCAAGAUAUAUUAGUUUUAUUUCCAUAAAAUGUGUGAAUAUCGUUGACCAAAAAAAUAGAAAUCCAUUUUAAUUUCACUUUGUAACACAACAGAAAGUUAAGGUGUGUGAAUACUUUUUGAAGGCAGUUUGUAUUUUUAGAUUGACAGGUUGUGCGUUUAUGAAAGGGUUGAAGAGUUUAUGAAUGUGCAAUCCCAAAUUAAGCAUGUGAUGGGUAUAAAAAUAUAAGUGGCACAUAUAUAUUAACGGUCUUCGGAGGUUCAGAGGGGCCUUUAUGUGAUGGUGAUGAAAUUAGAUAAGUGUCUCAGCAUCGCUCUAACUAGGGCUCAUUCAGUCUGUGUCGCUGAAGCGUUACAGUUUGCGCCAUAGAAAUGUAAAGGUCAUUUCUGAUUAAGUCAAUAUAUGCAGUGUUUACCAUGAAUGCAGUUUCAACUAACAGAGGAUUUAUACUACACAAGCGACACUUGCCUAGCCACGCUACCAUCGCACUCGUGUGCGUUCUAGUGGUACGUAUCAACAGCCAUUGUCAGCCAAUCCAGUAGGAGUGGAAGCUAUGGUGAGCUUUGAUUGGUCACUCGCAUUGCGAUUUCGCAGAGGAUUUGAAUUAUGUUUGUCUUUCCCAAACUUCAGCUCCCUCGCCCAUGCUCGCAUCACUCAGCGGUCCUCCCGCCCAAUCCACUUCAUUCCAUUGAAAGUUAAUGGCUUCCGGUUUUCCACUGCGCGAUGCUACUUGCUAGUAUAAAUGGGUCGUAAUGCGGGAAGGCUGAACUUCCGCAGAUUGAAUAGAGCCCGAAAUUAAGUAUAGUUUUUGAAAGCCAGCUUGUGCAGUGCUCUGUUACCCGACCAAAAGGCUAAAACACUUUACUGUGUUCACUAUGAUGGCUUAGGUCUAUCUCAAUCAUGCUGCAUUGAUAUUUGAUUGGUUGAUUUGUUAGAAAUACACCUUAUAUUUUAAUGUCACUCCUUCCUUUCACUGGCAUGGCAAAUACUGUACACAUUCACCAUCUGCUCUGCACCUGAUUUAGUUAUCUAAUCAUAUUAGCAGAGAGGUAAACACUUUACAUGUUGGGUUGUAUUUUAACUGUGAUGGUUUAGUUUUGUAUUUCUAUGUCGUUUCACCUAUAUCACACAUUAGGAUGCUGUAUUAGAUAAACUACUGUCUAUAUGUUUGAUGUUUAAGCUCAUGUUCAAGCUUUAUAUUUAUCUGUUGAUAAAUCCGAAAUUAAAA